UUAUGAGAAAACUAGAGGGAUAUUUGUAUUUAUUGGUAGUGACUGUUGUAACCGCUGGAAGAUAUCACAGAGAGGGACGACAAUUAGGCGAUUGCUUUUAUAAUGGCCGCUACCAUGACGUCGGAGAUGGCUUUCCCGCGACUGAUGGUUGCAAUGGAUGUUUCUGCGCAGCACCCGGACAGGUUGGAUGUUCAUUGAUGGGUUGUCCUGAUCGUUGCACCCUGCCAAUAGAACCUGGAAAUUGUAAUGAUAUUCUUCUAAGAUGGGGAUACAACAGUUUGUUCAAUCAGUGUCAGCCGUUCAUCUAUACAGGCUGCGACGGAAACGACAACAAUUUUGAAACUUACGAGGAGUGUGCCGGCCGUUGUCCGAGCAGGACUUGGUGGAAAAAAUCCAGAAUUGGCUGAUUAAAGAAAUCUCUUUCACCUUGUUUAGUUUUAUUGAAGCUAAAAAAAAUCUUAAUAUUCAUAUCUGAUGUUUGGAUAAAAAUGAACCUUUUAUGAACCUUAAUAAACCUAAUAACGUUUAUCAUUGUUAUUAACGUCCCUUGACGUCCCACGUGUAUUUUCAUGACUUUUUAAAUCAAUUUUGUCCAUUACAGCAUGAAAAGUAUUUUUUAUUUUGUAAAAUGAAAAAAAAGUUAAAUGUUUAUGCUUAGGUAAAAAAAAAAAUAUUUUAAUACUUCUU